AUGCUGGCCGUCAGAGCUGCCUCUCGCCGUGCCGCUUCUUGGCAAUGCAUGCGCGCCGCCCCCCGCGCCUCCUGGGCUGUUGCUCGUGCCUACUCGACUGUCGGUGAGCGUGUCGCCAAGUAUGAGGGAACAAAGGAUGCCAAGGGCAACUACCUGGUCAGCUUGAUCGAGGGCGACGGUAUUGGUCCCGAGAUCUCAGAGUCCGUCAAAGACAUCUUCGCCGCUGCCAAGACUCCCAUCUCCUGGGAAUCCUGUGACGUUACUCCUAUUCUCAAGGACGGCAAGACCGCCAUCCCCGAUGCCGCGAUUGAGAACAUCAAGAAGAACAAGGUUGCCCUCAAGGGACCUCUUGCUACCCCCGUGGGCAAGGGCCACGUUUCCCUGAACCUUACUCUUCGCCGUACCUUCAACCUCUUUGCCAACUUGCGACCUUGUCGAUCCGUUGCCGGCUUCAAGACGCCAUACGAUAAUGUCGAUACCGUGCUGAUUCGAGAGAACACUGAGGGUGAAUACUCGGGUAUCGAGCAUAUCGUUGUCGAUGGCGUGGUUCAGUCGAUCAAGCUCAUCACUCGCGAGGCUUCUGAGCGCGUUCUCCGAUUCGCCUUCCAGCAGGCUCAGGCGGUCGGCCGCACCAAGGUCCGCGUCGUCCACAAGGCCACCAUCAUGAAGAUGUCGGACGGUCUAUUUCUUAACGUUGGCCGAGAGGUCGCCAAGGACUUCCCUGGCAUCGAGUUUGACGACGAGCUCCUUGACAACACCUGCUUGAAGAUGGUCACUGACCCCCUUCCCUACAACGACAAGGUACUGGUCAUGCCCAACCUUUACGGCGACAUUCUGUCCGACAUGUGCGCUGGCCUGAUCGGAGGUCUGGGUCUCACCCCCUCGGGCAACAUUGGCGAUGAGUGCUCCAUCUUUGAGGCCGUCCACGGAUCCGCUCCUGAUAUUGCUGGCAAGGGUCUUGCCAACCCUACUGCUUUGCUGCUUUCUUCCAUCAUGAUGCUGCGACACAUGGGUCUUGCGGAGCAUGCUGCUCGCAUUGAGAAGGCCAUCUUUGACACCAUGGCUGAGGGCAAGGCCUUGACUGGUGAUCUUGGCGGCAAGGCCAAGACUCACGAGUAUGCUGCCGCUAUUAUCGAGAAGCUGUAA